AUGCAGACGCACGCGGAGCCCGCAGAUGUGUUCCUGAAGAGGAGAAGGACAGCGCUCUGGUUCUCCGUGUCUCUGUUUGGACUCUCUGUUCUGGUUCUGGUGGUCGGGCUGCUGUCGUCCACGCAGACGGAUAACGUGGCCGUGUCUGGAUUCUAUCCCGGGAUCAUACUGAGUUUUGGAGCAUUCUUGGGAAUCGUUGGUCUGAACCUGGUGGAGAAUCGCAGGCAGAUGCUGGUGGCCUCCAUCAUCUUCAUCAGUCUGGGUGUCGUUUCGUGUUUCCUCUGCUCCAUCAUCGACGGCAUCAUCGCGGCUGAGUUCAUCGACACGAGGCCGCUGAUGGAGGGCCGCUGUGAGUUUUACUCCAGCUCUUCUUUCAGCUAUGACAAUUACUACACCGAGGUUCAGUGCCAUUCCUACGGGAAUCAGUGUAAACUCAAGGUGAAGAGCAACACCUGCUACUGCUGUGACUUGUUCCACUGUGACAGCGGGGACUAUCGUGUGCAGUACUAUGAGUUCACGGGUGUGACGAGUUGCUGGGACGUGGUGAAGCUCUACCGUCUGAUGUGGACCUGUGUGACUCUUAACGUGCUCGGUGUGUGUCUGGGCAUCAUCACCGCUGCCAUUCUGGGAGCCUUCAAAGACCUGGCUCCAGCGGCUCGCAGUCACAUUACACCCAGUCCGGCUCCGCCCCCUCACAUCCUGUACAACCCCACCCAACACGUGAUCACCUACACGGGCUUUUGCCCCUCUGGACAAACUCUACCCGCCUACCCAAACUACCCGCUGCCUAUGCAGCAUCUGAACGGUUAUCCAGCUCCCGCUGCAGGUCAGUCCGUCCCUGAGGUCUCGACCUCCCCGUCUGACGAGACCCAAACAGCGUCUCAGAGCGGGACCAAUCCAGUCCUAACGACUCAAUCCACAUCUCAGGACAGCAGCGGCUACACGCUGACUCCUAACGCUCCCUCGCUCUACGCUCACUCGCUAGGGCCCUUCGAGAAGCCUCCACCUUACGCCUGCUGAAAACACCUGACCUCAGACGUCUGACCCCUGUGACCUCGACCCCCACCGCCGCUGCUGCUAAUGACCUCAGAAAGGGUCUAUGUAAUCGUCACUUAUUCUUGUAGCAAAUGUGAUCGAUGUUGUUUGCUGUCUGGUAGUUUCCAAAACCUCUGAACUUUGGCUUUAAAUGUCCUCUUUCUUUUGGUGGGAUCUUCAUAGUUUGAUUCAUUGAAUCAUUUAAGGCUGAAACACACAUCCUCAGCUCCAGCACAUAGAUCACUGCAGCUUUAGUCUUCUGCGGUCAGAUCCACAU